UCAAACCAAACCUAGACCUACCGUCGAGACAUCGUGUCGCGCUUGCUGUUCCUGAAGUUCCCUUCUUCUUCCGGCUUCUUCUUCUCUCUUCCACAUGUCGUCUGCCUCCAUCAACUUAUUUGGGAAUAAUCUCUUCUCAGACAGCGGUUAGAGCUUUGGACACGGUUCGGCCCGCCAUCAAAUCAGCUCAGCUGCAAUCUUUGGAAUUACUACCUACCCCACCAUAUUGAUCCCAGCCUCAAAGUGAGGGGUGCAUGCGCGCUUCAGGCCCUUUUGCGACUGCUCUUUCACGCCUGUGGUGACGCCAUUGCGGCAUUGCGCCCUUGCCAAUUGUGAUUGCAAGUCAACAGUGCCACUGUACCCCCACAUACACGCCGUGUUUAAGCUCCACCAAGGUCGCGCACGUACACCGCCAGCCAAACAACCACGACACGCAAAUCACCGCGGUCAAUCGACACAUUCGCACCGCAUUACCACCAUGUCGUCGCUCACGGCUGCCAUAGACGAGGAGAUGAAGGAGCACAGAGAUGCUAGAAAAAACAGUGGAGGGCGUCGCGCUGAAAGCCCUCUGCCUGGAGGCCGACACCUGAGCCCUACGCCCCGCCAUCUCAACACAGGCAACGACCGAGUACGCAGUACGAGUCGUAACAGCACUGGCAUUCCGUUCGCCAUGCCAAAGAGCGCGCCUGCUUCGCCUCGUGGCAGCAGGAUGUCAGACGCAGCCCCAUACCAAUUCAAUUCAAUCGCCAGCGUGGCACAGCCAAAGCCCCGAGCCAUGUCUUCGGUAUACGGAACCUCUCCAGGCCUCCUCGGCACAGGCGGUCCCAGAGAUCGACACAACUCGAUGAGCGGCGCCUACAACAGGUCGAAGUCUGGAUCACCAGGGCCCGGUCGCUCUACAUCGCCUCGAACACGCGGUCGACCAAUGUCUACCUCCGAAGCCAUGCGCAAGAUGUCCGAGUCAGCCAUGACUGACUCGGAUGGCGAAUACACAGCACCACCAAGAAGGAAGGCUUCAGAUCCUGCCGGAGGUACCACAUCUGCGCCAGGCGGUGGCGUACGAUUGACCACCGAUGACGACGGCGACGAGGCCGGUGAAGACAGCGCUGCUGUAGAGAGCGACAAUGAUUCUGUGUCCAGUUCAGACUGGGACGAUGGCUGGACUCCGGGGUCCUCGAGCAACAAGGAUAGAGGUCGGAGAAGAUCGAGGACUGAGUCUGGCGGCACCGAUCGCAUGGGAAGAGAAAUCGUCACAGCACAGAGCCUUUUCAAGACUGCGAAAGAAGAAGGACGAGAUCUCACCGCAUCUUUCAUGACUCGUGAGGAGAGACAAGAGAAGCUGCGCAAGCUGAAUGGCCCGAUCAUCAACGUCGAAGGCCCCGAUGGCGAGAGAGCCAUGGUGCGCCGAAAGUCCACGGACGUACACCCACAUACCAGCUUCGAUCAGGACAACUCUAGGAUGCCUUCGCCUAUGAGCUCUGACGCUGAAGAUCACAUGGCUGAGCUCAGAUCAGCGCAACAGCUGGCUCUGCAGAUCACGCCCAUCCAGUCGAGCCCAGAGGCGCAUCGAUGCGUCCGUCAAAUCGUUCGCGGAGACUACAGUCAGUUCGCGCAAGAAGCGGAUAACGGCCUAAGGCGGCAGCGUGUAUACUUGGUUUCCACAGAUCUGAGCGAUGAGGCAGCGUAUGCUCUUGAAUGGACGAUUGGCACCGUUCUGCGCGAUGGCGAUACACUUCUUGCGGUUUACGCUGUAGAUGAAGAAGUGGGCGUCACGACGGAUGCAUUGGGCGCACCUAUCGCGCAAGGAACAACCGGUCUACAAGAGGGCGCCCAUCUCAAGAGAACGCUAUCUGGCCAUGACGGCAUACCCCAGAAGACUCCCCUGUCUAGCACGAUCGCAGCUGCGGAGGCCGAUGUCAGCAAGAUGGGCAAAGCGGAGAAAGAUCGCUACCAGGCGUGUGUGGAGGUGUCUGACAGAUGUGUCAAGUUGCUGCGAAAGACUCGACUGCAAGCCAGGGUGGUCGUCGAAGUCUUUCACUGCAAGAGCCCAAAGCACAUGAUCACGGAAGUUAUAGACAUGCUUGAGCCAACACUUGUCAUCCUGGGAUCUAGAGGCCGCAACGCCCUCAAAGGUGUCCUGCUCGGCUCGUUCAGUAACUACCUCGUUACCAAGUCGUCGGUACCGGUCAUGGUCGCCAGGAAACGUCUGCGGAAACACAGCAAAUACAAGCGACAAAACCUCAGGAUGUCCAACGUCCUCACUGGUCCCGGCGAAAAGCUCGCAAACGCCAAGAUAGACUGAGGCGUUUGUAUAGAGAUUCGUCAGUCUGUUUCGGUGCUCACGGGCAGACAUGCCUGAUCGAGCACUGUUUCCAGGUUCUGCGAAACUUGCACAAUUUGGCAAACACGGCUUUGUAUACUUGGCUUAGCAGGGAGUUUGGAAAAUCAUGUUUGAGCAUAAUCUCUUCUCGUUCGAGGUCGCGAUGUUGUUACCAGGGUGUUGGUCUAAAUAUACAUUGGUCCCCAGAGCCGGAUGGGAUCUGCCCCAAACGUG